GGGCGGGCUCUGCAGUCAGACCUGCAGCUGCUGAGGAGGAGCAGCAGAAUCAGAAUGAGCAGCAGCGUCUGAGCAGACAUGGACAGACAGAAAGUGCUGGCCAAGCUGAUGUGGGACCUGCAGUCCUUCUUGUCGGCGCUGGACUCGGAGAACCUGAGUUACAUCGCCCAGGCUCAGAAGAAGUCACUGUCGGAGCUGCUGUCCAGACUGCAGCCUCACGAGUCUCCAGUGGAAGACGCCGAGUACAUGAUCAUGAGCUGUCCAUCCUCAUCUGCUAGCAACGAUCCUCCAGAUACACCUGGCACAGGCGUCUCCUCUUCUGAGCUGCUCCCUCUCCAGGACUCCUCCCUCUGGAGAAAGAGCUCGCAGAACCCCUCUGUGCCCCCCCAUCCUCCAGGAGGUUUGGGAGGAGACGACGAGGACAUGUAUGAGGAGGCGGAGCCCUACAUGGCUGCCAGCACCACACUGCCCAGCACCGAGAAGGCGGAGUCGGACAGCAGCCACUACGAGUCCUAUGGGGAAGAGGAGGAUGAUGAAGAUGAGCUGGUGAAGGACAGAGCUCAUUACAUCCAAUGGAGCAGCUCCCAACCCUGCCUAAGACCCGCCCCUGAGUCCCGCAUUUGUGCUUACCUGUGGAGGAGGAAGUGGCUGGGACAGUGGGCCAAACAGCUCUUCAUCGUCCGCAAUGACGUGCUGCUGUGCUAUAAAUGCGCUCGGGAUCUCCUGCCUCAGCUGGAACUGAACCUGCUCGGCAGUCAAGUCUUCUACAAGUGUAAGACCCACUCAAAGAUCCAGCACCAGCUCAAGGUGGCGCCGGUGGGCUCUGAUUCGCUGGUGCUGGGCUACAGCAGCUUCCAGCAGGCUGAAGAGUGGAGGAUGGUGAUCCAGGAAGUCAGCCUUGGAAGUCAGAAGACCCAGAGCGUUUCAUCUUUGAUGGAAUCCGACCAGCUGCUGUCCUGCAGGUCCAGCACAGCUACAGCGGACUCUGAAGACCAGAAGCUUCCUGAAUGCUGGAGAACGGAGGAAGGUACGGAGGAACGCUCCUGCUGUGGGACUCUGAACCUGAGGACUGUGUGGAGUAAAGCUGUUGGCUAUACAGGGUUCCUGAACGUGCUGAUGAACUGUCAGUGGCAGAACCUGCGGUGCCGGGUUCAGGACGGGGUCCUCAACAUGUUUGGAGAGGAGGACCAUGGAGACCAGGAGGAGGUGAAAGGGUCCCCUCAGUACACCGUUCAACUGCGAGGCUGUGAGGUUCGAGGCGGGCCAGACACUGACCACGCCUACAGGAUCACACUGAGCAUGCUCGGAGACCAGCUGGCUGUGUUAGAGGUCAGUUCUUCAGAGGAGAAGCAGCAAUGGUUCAGACUGCUGAAGGAUGCUAGUUACCAUGACGACAAGGCUCAGGAGCACUCUGAGGAUUCUCUCAGCGGGCUGCAAACUCGCAAGUUUCCUGCCUCCAACACUUACAUGGACGAUCCCUUCGGCGUGGGAGGAACUUGCCAGGACCAGCAUCUGUACUCCAACACCUCCAUGCUGGAGCUCAUGCUCCACGGCUCUCAGGAUUCAAACCAGCGGACGUCAAUGUCGUCCAAAGACUCUGUGACGUACAGCAACGCUGCGUUCAGGAGCCACAACGGCAGGAGUCCUGAAGUGCAGCGUGGCGUCCAGAAGCUGGAGCUGGCCGGGAAGACCACGGUGCCCCUGAGGGCGGGCUCAGAGACCCACCUGCCCUCUGCUGGGAGGCACAGCAAGCGCAGCUCCUUCAGACAGUCGCUAGCUCUCUACACUGAGCGCGCUCAGGUGGGGAUCUUGAACCCUCUGCUGCGGCGGACAGCUUCAGCCAAGAACUCCCUACGGCGAGCGCCGUCAGCACUUUUCAUUGAGCAUGGAAAGGUUUUCCAGAGGAAGAAGGAGUGGGAGACCAAAGCUGCAGCCUGACGGGAUUUUCUGUCACAUCAGCGUUUUCAACCUCAGCAGUUUGACGUCUCGUCUUCAUGUUUGCGUGGAUCCAUUUCUGCUGAGUCAGGAUAAAAGACGGCAUGACGUCUUCUGUGGAUGAGAUAUGAGUCAAAUGUGUAACAGGAAAAUAUUUUAUUAACAUUGUCUACUAAAGUCUUCAUUUUCUUCAUGUUUAUACUCAGGAGAAUGUAACUGUCCCUCCUGCAGAAGCUUUUAUUUUGAAAAUACUGUUAAGUUAAAAUACAGGAAGACGUUCAACCAGCAGAAGACUUCAGAUUUUUCUUUUUAUGUUAUGAUGAUGAAGAACAGUUUCAUGUUCUGAUGGAUGUUUCAUAUUUUUCCAGACAAAAGCAUUUUAUCAUCAACAUGAAUGAUUUCCGUUCCACAGAGAUGUCAGAACACCGGACCGACGGUCAGCUGAUGGAUUUGGAUGUUGAUCAGAGCUUUUUACCUGAAUGAAGAAAAUCUGUUUGUUCUUUAGAAACGUGGAUUUUUAAAACCAGACUUGAAUGUUUUCCACUGCAGACCGUCAUCACAAACGUCAUUAGAAUGUUGAUCAAACUCUUAUCUAAUCCAGAUUACUGCUAUAAAAGGACAAAUGUUUAUGUCAUGUCAUCAUUUAGUUUUUUUCAUAAGUUUUUGUUUGAAUCCUUAACUUGUCGUGAUCUGCACUGUAACACCAGAGAACUUUCAUUUACUGAUUUCUCUGAGAUUAUAAUCAAUUAAACGGUUU